AUGGCCGCCAUCACCUCUGGAGGUGCUCAACCGCACCCCCCUCUUGUUCAGCCCAUCAUCUUCUGCGGUCCAGGCAGCAAUCUCUACCCAUUGUGCACCUCGACCGUCACCGCAGAUGUCGCCCAGAAUGUCCACCAGGCUGAUCAGGUCGAUUUGCCCAAGGCCAUGCUUCCCAUUCUUAAUCGCCCCAUGAUUUCAUUCGCUCUGCAGCAACUGCUCUCGGCUGGUCUCCGUCAUGCGAUCGUUUUUGCACCCUCAGAACAUCAUUCUAUCAUUGCCGCCGCCCUGAAAACUUUGAUCCUCAUACCGCCUACUCUCGUUCAAUCCGGAAAGAAGCACGCCUCUUCUGCAGCAGCUGCCGCUGCUGCUGCUGCCGUUGAGGAAGCUUCCAAGUACCCUAACGUCUCAGUCUCGGUCGGUCUCAACAGCACAGCCUCCACCGCACCUGCUGGUGGCAGUUCUUAUCUCUCGACCAAUUCCUUCGCCGUCUCGUCAGUACAAAGCGAGACCGUUAUGCGCGUGGAUCUCUUGCCGAUUGGCCCGGAUGAUAUCAACAGUUCCAGGGCAGACUCUCGCAUCUCGAGUCCAGCAAGCAAGUACAAGAAGCUUGGAACCGCAGGUCUCAUCUCCUGGCUCCAUUCCAUCGGCAGACUUGACAAGGAUCCUCUCGUGCUUCCCGUCGACCUCAUCACACAGUCUGUUUCUCUCACCGACAUCAUCAACAGUCACGCUUCAAGCGUACCACAAUCUCCUGCAUUGACUUGCCUCGUCUAUGAAAGAGGCGCAGGCGAAGGCACUGGAAAAGAGCGCGAAAAGGAUGGUCCGCCCAAACUCUUCAGUGCUUACGAGCGUGCUCCAUCGCACACCAGCAGCUCCUCAUCUCCCGAAGGUCCCGAACAUUGCACAACACACCAGCUUCUUCUCCUCCAGGAUUCGGAUGAUAUCUCCGACAUCGAUUCGUCCGACCUGCAUCUCCGCAUGUCGCUUCUGUGGUCGCAUCCUCACGUGCGCAUUUCCACCUCGCUCCUCGACUCUCACGUCUACCUCUUCAAUCUUCAGCAGCUUCUCAGCCUCUUGAGAUCAGACGCCGGUCAGAAGAUGAAGAGUCUCCGCGAAGAAGUCGUUCCUUUCAUGGUCAAAUGCAGCUGGAUGGUCGGCCUCCGCGAGAAGGCCGGAUGGAGCACCCAGGCUCCCACCGCUUUGACAGCCCAAGAGCAGCUUUCCUCGUGGAACUUGCAAUCGAGCAAGGAGAAUGCCGUCAACCCGCUCAAGUCCAGCACCUUUGUCGACUCUGAGCUCCUUCAGGCCGGCUCGUCCUUCCGGCCUGUUCUCGACGAUGUCGCAAAUCGCGCUUCGCCCCUCUUCACCCCGGAUCGUUCUCAGCUCGCCUCACCCUCAGGUAAACCAGAAGAUGACAAGCAAUCCGCAAGCCUGCAAAAACAAGCUCGCGCGUCAGCAAAGAGAGCUGCUGCUGAAGCCAGGGUGCACGCCCUUGUUUUCCGUCUGUCAGCGGACCGAAAGCAUCCCAUCGACCCUUCCACCUCCGUCGAAGAGAUCAGAGAGCGAGAGGAAGAUGCAAAACGUGAGCCCUUCAUCGCCCGAGCGAACACCGUUCCUACUUAUUUGGAAUGCAACCGUUACUUGCUCCGCUGUCUAGCAGGUGUACCCGCAGGGCAAGCGAGUAAUUUGGCGCUCUCGCAUCCUCUACCGAGUCAGUCGUUGCCAGCUCCCGCCACCUCAACAGUAACGGCACUCGCAACAGCCGAGUCUGUCUCCGCACAGUCUACACAGGAUGCACCCAAGGGCUCCACCUCUGCGCUGUGGAUCGAUCCCAAGGCGCAGAUCUCUUCUGACUCCCUUGUGGAGAGUUUCACGCGCGUCGGCGAACGCACCACCAUCAAACGCAGCGUUGUCGGCCGCGGAUGUAACAUCGGCAAGAACGUCAAGCUCACGGGCGCCAUCGUCAUGGACGGUGUGAGGAUCGGCGACAAUGCCAAGCUCGAGAACUGUAUUCUGGCCGCUGGCUCGAUCGUCGAGGACAAGUGCAACCUCAAAGAUUGUGAUGUGGCUGCUUCAGUCAAGGUUCCUGCCGGCUCCAACACCAAGGGCGAGAAGUUCGAUGAGUGA